UUAUCGACAGAGCUUGGCUUCUUCCUUGUUUACAUAACAACAGCCAUUGACAGUGGAUAAGGAAGUACAGAACGAUUUUUACAAUGGCGAGAGAUACUGCUACAAUCACUUUAAUUAAAGCUCUUGGGUAUAAAAGCAGAGAGUGCUUGAAGGAAUGUAAAUGUGAUGAAUUACCUUGCCCUCUGCUCACCUGGUUGGUCUCAGAACUAACAGCAAAUUGUCCUGAUAUUCCAGCACGGCAUGUUGGUGGAGCAGUUCUGGUCGGAGAGUUGAGGGAAGUGCUGAAGGAGAUGUCCUGUCCUCAAAAUGCACUUACAUCAGAGCACCUCAGCCCUCUUCUGUUGUUCAGAGUCACCGAGUAUUUGGUGUCGGAGUUGGCGGCAACACGUGUGCUGAUGUACAGAGAGAGUCAUCCAGAAGAUACAGAACAGAGUUGUGAGUCAAAGAGCAAAGAGCAAAGAAAAGGGGAAAGUCUUAACGUGGGUAAUAAAGAUGAGCAACAGGAAAUCAGUCCAGCACAAGAAGAUAAAACUAAUUUGAAAGAAGUAAAUAAAGAUCUAGCAGAACUCUUUCAGACUCUUGGCUUAGAAACAUCCUCUCAGAUAAGUGAUGCCUGUGCAGAGGUGGAGUCACGGCUGACAUCACUUCCAGAAGGUAAAAUGCCAGAAGCAUUAUUGAAGUCCAGUCUGAACUCUGAGCAAUGGGAAAAGAUUAAUGACAUCAACCGAGCUCUCUGUAAGGAUUCUGAAUGUCGGCGCCAAAUGAUGAUCAAGCGUUUCCAUGUCACACUACAAUCCUUUACUUGGGGAGAAAGGGGAAAGGAACGCAGUGCUUUGCUUUCUUCCAUGUCACCCUGUACACCUUCUCUGGAGUCCUCAAUCUCCAUCGCUAAACUGUUGGCGACCAGGGAGGACGAGUCUCGCAUCAGGCCAGUUAAAGCAGGACCUUCAACAGCAGUUCACAAGGUGCUGAUGGGCAGUGUCCCAGACAGAGGGGGGCGUCCAGGAGAGCUCGAGCCACCGAUGCCCAGCUUCACCAAACGCAGCAAGGGAGGAGGGAGUCAUGAAGGGAAAAGACGAGAAUAUUCAGGAAAAAAGACAUAAAUAAUCAUGGACUGUUAAAAAUAAAAAAUAAUUCUUGUAAAUGUUGCAAAUUACUUAAUGCACUAAAUGCAUUCCAUUUGAUGAACAAAAAUAUGAUAAAACAAUUUCAGUGAAAUGUAUAAAUAUGAAUGGCUAAAAGCUGUAUUUACUUGAUGAAAUUAUUAAAGUCAAUUAUGUUUCCUUUGAAACUGUAUUUUCUCUUUUAACUCUCUUCUCCUUAUUACAUUUCCCAUUUUAUGUUAUGUAUUUUUACAUGUGCAUUUUUAAGUAGUUGUUGGCAUGGUAUAUUUCAGGCAACGAGGUCAAUGUCCUUCUGUGUGGCAUGCUAUAUUUCAUUAAAAACUAUUUCAACAUCCUUCUA